AUGCCGAGAACUUGGCAGAAAACCACGAAACCUAUCAGGCUCGAUCCUCCGUCUCUGGCCGAAAAAGAUGCGCAGAAGAAGCGCGAUGCAGCCGUCAGAGACGAUUCCCCGAUGCGAUUGCGGAUGGAAAAGUUCAUCAAGGAGCAGCAACAAAUUAUCGUCAAGGAGCUGGAGAGGAUCGACGGGACCAAAUUCCGCCAGGACGAAUGGGACCGCAAGGACGGCGGCGGUGGCAUCACCUGCGUGCUGCAAGACGGCAACGUGUUUGAGAAGGGCGGCGUCGGGGUCAGCGUUGUCUACGGGUCUUUGCCCAAACCUGCUAUUGCCAAGAUGCGCGCCGAUCACAAAGGCCUGGACCCGGACGUGGAGUCUCUCGACUUCUUCGCCGCGGGUCUGAGCAUGGUACUGCACCCGCGCAACCCGAUGGCGCCCACGGUGCACCUCAACUACCGAUACUUUGAGACGGCCAACCCGGACGGCACGUCGCAGACGUGGUGGUUUGGCGGCGGCAGCGACUUGACCCCCUCGUACCUGUUUGACGAGGAUGCCAUCCACUUCCACCGCACGCUCAAGGAAGCUUGCGACUCGCACGACAAGGACUACUACCCGCGCUUCAAGAAGUGGUGCGAUCAGUACUUCUACAACAAGCAUCGCGGCGAGUCGCGCGGCAUCGGCGGCAUCUUCUUCGACGACCUCGAUGAGUCCGAGCACGACCGCGAAAACUCAUUUGCCUUUAUACAGGACUGCCUCAAGUCCUUCCUUCCCUCGUACAUUCCGAUUCUCGAGCGCCGCAAGGACAUGCCCUUCACCGAGAAAGAGAAGCAAUGGCAGCAGAUCCGCCGCGGAAAGUACGUCGAGUUCAACCUCGUCCACGACCGCGGCACCGCCUUCGGCCUCAACACCCCCGGUUCACGUGUCGAGAGUAUCCUCAUGAGUCUGCCCCUGACCGCCUCGUGGAUGUAUAUGCACGAGCCUGAGCCCAAAAGCAGGGAGCAGCGUCUUGUUGACGUCCUCAAAGAACCCAAAGAGUGGGUCCAAUAG